AGUAUCCAUUUUUAAAAUGAUUUCUUCUUAGAAUCUCCCUCAAAAUGAGUAUAACACCUUAUUCUGAGAUUAUGUUGAAAAGCACAGGGAGGAAGGAGAUCAUAAGAUAUGUGAUAAACGCUAACCCAAGCUGCCAGUAACUAGCUCUGGAAGAGGUAUUGUUUCAAUUCAUAAAAAGUUGCUUAAUAGCCAAAACAGUGUGUCGAGACUGUAUAUAUAGAGUGUCCUAGAGAGAGGUAUUGAGAGAGAGGGAGAGUGGGAGGGAAAGAGAAACAGAGGCAGUGAAGGAGGAACUGAAAGAAGUGUCUCCAGUUCUGUGAGUUUGGCAGAGGAGUCUUAGUUACUCAGGUGCGAGUAACUCAGGAGUGAGGAAGAGACUUCUAAAGAAUCUUGGAGAGAAGAGGACAAAAGAUGAACUCUUCAGAAGAUACUGUCCUGGCACAGAAGCUGGCUCCUGACCACAGCAGCAACAGUACUCUAGAUUCCUCAGCAUCUAACGGCUCAGCAGCCCACAUGAAGGUGAAAAAAUAUGUUCGUAUUAAGAACUGGGAGACAGGAGAGUCUCUGUAUGACACUCUACACAUGCGAACUGACAAGGACUCACCCUGCGGGGGGCGCCGGUGCCUUGGAUCAGUCAUGUAUCCCCCGGAACUGGUAAACAGACCCCCUGAACUGCCCAAGGACCCAAGAAUCUUGCUACAACAGGCCACCGAGUUCAUCAAUCAGUACUACAGCUCCAUCAAACGGUUCCAGACUGAUGCCCACCAACAGAGGCUGCGUGCAGUAGAGAAGGAGAUUGCCUCCAUGGAGACUUAUCACCUGGAAGAGACAGAACUGAUCUUUGGUGCCAAACAGGCCUGGAGAAAUGCAGCUCGCUGUGUGGGACGCAUUCAGUGGUCUAAACUGCAGGUGUUUGAUGCUCGGGAUUGCACAGGUGCUGCUGAGAUGUUCAAUUACAUCUGCAACCACAUCAAAUAUGGUACCAACAAGGGCAACCUCAGGUCAGCCAUCACAGUGUUCCCUCAGAGAAUACAGGGUCAGGGUGACUUCCGUCUCUGGAACCCGCAGCUGAUCCGGUAUGCUGGCUACAGCCAACCAGAUGGGUCCGUCAUCGGAGAUCCUGCCAACGUGGAGCUCACCGAGCUGUGUGUGCAGAUGGGGUGGCAGCCACAGGGGGGGCGUUUUGAUGUGCUGCCGCUGAUCCUGCAGGCCCGGGGGGAGCCUCCCAAGCUCUUCCCAAUACCCCCUGAGCUCGUCUUAGAGGUGCCCAUCACUCACCCGACGUUCUCCUGGUUUGCAGAACUGGACUUGCGCUGGUAUGCUCUGCCUGCUGUGGCCAAUAUGAUGCUGGAGAUUGGGGGGCUGGAGUUCACUGCUGUACCCUUCAACGGCUGGUAUAUGGGCUCUGAGAUUGGAGUCAGGAAUUUCUGUGACACCUAUAGAUACAACAUCCUGGAGGAGGUGGGACAAAGGAUGGGGCUAGAUACCAGAAAGACUUCAUCACUGUGGAAGGACAAAGCCGUGGUAGAGAUAAACAUUGCUGUGCUGCACAGCUACCAGCAGGCAAAGGUGACGAUCGUCGAUCACCAUGCAGCCACAGAGUCUUUCAUGAAACACUUGGACAAUGAAUACCGAGCACGAGGGGGCUGCCCAUCUGACUGGGUGUGGAUUGUUCCACCGAUAUCUGGCAGUCUUACGCCUGCCUUCCACCAGGAGUUGCUCAACUAUGUCUUGUCACCUUGUUUUCUGUACCAGGUAGAUCCCUGGAAACUGCCUGGCUUCAGCGCUAAGAAGAAAAUCAGCUUCAAAGAGGUGGCAGAAGCGGUAAAGUUCUCUGCCUCUCUGAUGGGUCAAGCCAUGGCCAGAAGAGUGAAAGCACGGAUCCUGUAUGCCACAGAGACCGGCCGCUCACAGACCUAUGCCAACAAGCUGUGUGACAUUUUCAAAAGAGCCUUUGACCCCAAGGUUGUGUGUAUGGAUGAUUACGACAUUGUCAACCUGGAGCACGAGAACUUAGUCCUGGUGGUGACGAGCACCUUUGGGAAUGGAGACCCUCCUGAGAAUGGCGAGAAAUUUAUCAAAGCACUGAUGGAGAUGACACAUCCAACCUCUCCAGAGCCUCAGCAGAAGAGGAGCUACAAGGUUCGCUUCAACAGCCUGUCCAAUGUGGAUGACUUAGUGGAGUCCAACAAGAGAACGUUCAGCUUGUCCAGUGCCACAGACAGUGCUGGCCCACUGGGGACACUGAGGUUCUCCGUCUUUGGGCUGGGCUCCCGGGCGUACUCGCACUUCUGCGCCUUCGCCCAUGCAGUGGACACGCGCUUUGAGGAGCUGGGCGGAGAGCGCAUCCUGGACAUGGGGGAGGGAGACGAGCUCUGUGGCCAAGAGGAGUCCUUCAGGACCUGGGCCAGGAAGGUUUUCAAGGCUGCCUGUGAGACAUUCUGUGUAGGGGAGGACUCCUUGGAUGAGGAUGAGGAUGUCUUCUCCAGUGAGUGGCAGCCCAACAAAUAUAGGACUGUCUUUAAGGCCAUACCCACUGAUAUCCCAACAGCCCUCUCAAAUCUACACAAGAAGAAGCUGUUUCAGGCAAAGGUCAUCUCCACACAGAAUCUACAGAGUGAGAAGUCCAGCCGGGCAACAGUGCUGGUGAAGCUGGACACUGGAGGUCUGGCCCAGAUGAAUUACCAGCCUGGUGACCACCUGGGCAUCUAUCCCACCAAUCCUGAGCCCCUGGUCCAAGCUGUACUGGCCCGUGUAUCUGAUCCACCACCUAUCAAUGAAACAGUUGCCACGGAGAUCCUAAAGGAGAGGAACGGUCAGACGUCCUGGGUGCCUGGAGACAGGCUCCCUCCCUGCACCCUCGUGCAGGCCCUGUACCACCUGCUGGACCUCAGCAGCCCACCCACACCCCCUCUGCUGCGCCUCCUCUCCCUGCAAGCCACAGCCGAGCAAGACCGGCAGAGACUGGAGACCCUCAGCCAGGCAGGAGAGGAGUAUGAGGUGUGGCGCUGGGAGCACGUACCCACCCUAGCGGAAGUUCUGGAGGAGUUCCCCUCUGUCACCUUGCCCACCUCCCUCUUGCUCAGCCAGCUGCCUCUACUGCAGCCGCGGUACUACUCCAUCAGCUCUUCUCCUCAGGUCUGCCCCCAGGAGAUCCACAUCACUGUGGCUGUGGUCCAGUACAACACACAGGGUGGAAAAGGGCCCCUGCAUUAUGGUGUCUGCUCUAAUUGGCUCCACCAGAUCCAGCCUGGGGAAGCCGUUCCCUGCUUUGUCAGAGGGGCUCCAUCCUUCCACCUGCCCUUGGACAGCUCUGCCCCCUGCAUCCUAGUGGGUCCUGGCACUGGCAUUGCACCCUUCAGGAGCUUCUGGCAACAGCGGCUGUAUGAGAUCGAGCAGCUGGGGAAAAAGCCAGAAGGAAUGGUCUUGCUCUUCGGCUGUCGCCAGGCUGAAUUUGACCACAUUUACAAAGAGGAAAUGGAAGAUGCCCAGAGGAGGGGAGCCUUGAGUGCUGUCUACACUGCCUACUCCCGGGAAAAGCACAUUCCCAAGACCUACGUCCAGGACAUUCUGAAGCAGCGUCUGUCAGCAAAGGUGUGUGAGAUACUACAUCAUGACUCGGGUCACAUGUACGUGUGUGGUGAUGUCACCAUGGCGAAGGAUGUGCUGAACACAGUGCAGCAGAUCCUGGUGUCCGACGGAGGGAUGACUGAUAAUGCAGCAAAGGAGUACCUAACUAGGCUAAGGGAUCAGAAUCGGUACCAUGAGGAUAUCUUCGGGGUGACUCUGCGCACUCAUGAAGUCACCUCCCAGAUACGCUACCGCUAUCACUCCUAGGAUGAAAGAGUCUUAGGGAGCUCAGAAGGGCCAGAGCUCUGAUCCUGCACUUGGUGACACAGGGAUUGAAGCAGUCACACAUAACCACACAAUCAACCACACACAUAUCCUCCGUCUAUUGGUUCUCCUACACUAAUACAUCCAACCAUUAGUCCAGGGAGAGACACCUAACUACACUAAAUAGUGCACAUGUGUAAUGUGCAAACAGGUAGACCUGAGUACACAUACUGGUUUGGUAACCACCUGCACAAAGACUAGACAGACAGACAACCCCUCCUUCCCCACUUGGAUCAGUCCUACUCACUGCUAUAGAAAGAUUUUACUGGAACUUAAAUCAAUCAUAUUCACAUGAAGAGACAGUAGGAUAUCUCAACAUGCAUUGAAACGCACUCAGAGAGACCUUGUAAAGAAAUAUUUUAACAAACUUCUAAAUACAUGCACACUCAACCUUUCAUAAAGCCAUCAUUCAUACAAGAUCUUCAUAAAUACAAAUUCACCCACAUAAAUCAACAUUCCUUGAGAUUUUACAAAAUGCUCACUUCAAGUAAAAUCUGUUGCCAUGGUUUAGCGAUAAUCACAGUCUCAAAUAAGUAUAAGAACAGGGCUUGGCUGAAUAUGGAGUGAAGGUGAAAGGGGAUUUGAAAGAUGUACAAUAGGACAAGAGUCAGUGGGGCAGGACAGGAUGCAUAUAAUGACUCUUUAGGAGUCAUCAGAACUAGGAAACUUCAGAUAUUUCAGAUAAUGUGACUAUGAUGAUUCAACAUUUUUCUAAAUAACAGAUAUGACCUAUUCUUUGUAUUUUAAGAGAAUAAUUAUUAUAAUUAUAAUUUCACUGAAUAAAGUA